AGCGUCCUGUGUAAAGAGCUGUUUUGUUUUUCCUGUCUGGCUGUGUGGCACAGUCGGAAUGGAAUGGUAGCUAGCUAGCGUUUUGUGAAUAUUCUGUUAACAUAUGAGACGACUGUAAUUAUCUGAUCGGAAUAAUGAAUUUACUACCAACGAAUGCUCAUGGGAACGGACUCCUGUACGCGGGAUUCAAUCAGGAUCAUGGAUGUUUUGCUUGUGGAAUGGAGAAUGGGUUUAGAGUGUACAACACAGACCCACUCAAAGAGAAAGAAAAACAAGGGAUACAGCAGUGUGACAGUGGGAGCCGAGAGUUCAUGGAGGGCGGGGUCGGGCAUGUUGAGAUGCUGUUCAGGUGUAACUACCUAGCGCUAGUUGGAGGAGGGAAGAAGCCCAAAUACCCACCCAACAAAGUGAUGAUCUGGGACGACCUGAAGAAGAAGACUGUAAUUGAAAUCGAGUUCUCCACGGAAGUCAAAGCAGUGAAGCUUAGAAGGGACAGGAUCGUGGUGGUACUGGACUCGAUGAUCAAAGUGUUCACGUUCACACACAACCCUCAUCAGCUGCAUGUGUUUGAAACAUGCUACAACCCCAAAGGUCUAUGUGUGCUGUGUCCCAACAGUAACAACUCUCUGCUGGCGUUCCCGGGGACCCACUCUGGGCAUGUGCAGAUUGUGGACCUGGCCAAUACAGAGAAGCCUCCAGUGGACAUCCCGGCUCACGAAGGGGCGUUGUGCUGCAUUGCUCUCAACCUGCAGGGGACCAGGAUUGCCACUGCCUCUGAAAAAGGGACCCUGAUCAGAAUAUUUGACACCAUGGCAGGUCACCUGAUUCAGGAGUUGAGGCGAGGCUCACAAGCUGCUAACAUCUACUGCAUCAACUUCAACCAGGACGCGUCCCUGAUCUGUGUGUCUAGUGACCAUGGUACUGUACACAUAUUUGCUGCAGAGGACCCAAAGAGGAACAAGCAAUCCAGCCUAGCUUCAGCCAGUUUCCUCCCAAAGUACUUCAGCUCCAAAUGGAGCUUCUCCAAGUUCCAGGUUCCAUCAAACUCUCCAUGUGUGUGUGCCUUUGGAACAGAACCCAACUCUGUCAUAGCCAUUUGUGCUGACGGCAGCUACUACAAAUUCCUGUUCAACCAGAAGGGGGAGUGUUCCCGUGACGUCUACGCCCAGUUCCUUGAGAUGACCGACGAGAAGAUCUAACCAUACAACCUCCUACUGACAGCAGUCAUUGGGGUGCUUGAGGGGAGGGUGUCUCUCAUCACCCAAUGCUGAUGGACUCUUAAUGUAGGAGCAUCAGGAAAGGAGAAAGAGACAUGGUCUCAAACGACACAACAUGCAAGGAGGAAUGGAUGGAUGAACCAAGGGAGAUGGGGACUGACAUCUGGCACAAACUACUUGGAGGCCAUCCUUAGAAACUAGAAAAAGACAGACGGAUGAGAACAUACUCUAACUGAUGUCACCUAGGUCUCUAUGUCCUGCUCUUCUGAGUAUGAAAGAUGGGGGGAAAACUAUUUUUGAAAGGACAAAAGUGUUGCUUUUUAAAGAUGUCUUCCGUGGAAUUUAUGACGAUUGUUCGAUUUAUUCUCGUUAUUUUUUAAAUAACAGGUAAAUACAUGGGAGAAACUUUUUGUCAAUUAACUAACCACCGUUCCUAUAUAUAGGGAGUGCCUCUGAGGUGAAUGGAGAGUUGAGUGUGUCUGUACUGUAUACUCACAUCUGUAUAUACAAAUUACAUGGGUGGGAUUUUACAUGGUUAGACCAUUGAGUUAGCUAGAUAACUUGGAUAAACACAUUGACAAUAAAUACUUCAUCUAGUUGAAGAAUUGGGUCACCCUUUAAAGUUCCUAUUUACUAUAUAUAUAUGAAUUUGAUGCCGCAAGCUUUAAGGGUAUUUACAGUGGUUAUCCGGUUUACCUUAGUGAUUUCACUUGGUGAAACCUUCAGCCAGUAGAGUUAGGUUUAGCUUCUACUUAAUUACUGUAUAAACACAAUGAAGACACAAGACCGGACACAUGUAACUUACUGCGUAGUCUGUACAGAAUAGAAGUAUUAGUAUCUGGUGUCGGUGAAUGUGUUAUGGUUUUGCUUCUGCCGCCCUUUUCAUGUUGUUGCUGUGUAUGAAUGUUUGUAUGUGCAAUAUUCUUUACAGUAUGAGUCUUGAGAAUUGAGGGGUAAUUCAUAAGGCUAAUUCACUGAGUGAGCCAGCUGAGUUUGUUAAGCAACCAGAAAUAACUAUUCUAUAAGCUAAAUUCUGAUUUAGAAAAAAACCUGUUUGUUGAAUUGAUUAAACCAUUUCAAGUUUAUUUUUCCUACAAAAAACAGUAAUAUCAAAAUGUUGAGGUAAAUUAGCUGUAUGCCUAACUCCUUGAUUCUGCUUUGCAGUUUACCUCUAUGGAGACCCCAAAACACUGAUGUAGUAUUUUAAUUUAGCUCAAAACUGAAUAUUAAGAUUUAAAUCAGUAACUUUCUCUAAUGUCAUUCUGAACAACAUCUUAGAGAUACAGAAGAGGUUCUGGGCUAUUCAGUCUAUAGUGCGGAGGUUUAAUAUUUUUCAGUGAUUACGUUUAAAAACAGUGUUCUGGGAUUUGUGAAGACAGCAUUUAUGGUUAACGCUGCUUAUGGAGAAUUACGUCACGUUCAUUAUGAAAUCUGUAACGCUCCAAUGACACAGAUCGAAACCUGAAUUCUUUCAAAUAAACAAGAGCAUCAUACCUUCCCUGUCACUGUAAACUGAUGCACUAUUCUGCAUUGCUCAAAGUGUGUAGAAUAUACAUCGUCCACCUGUUUACUUACCAUGUCUCAAACACAUUUUCUAAUGUAUGGAUGUGUUACAUGACACAUUCUAAAAUAAUUAAACAAAUCCACCUCCCUGUGACUGAAUACACACCUGUUAUUUUGUGGUGUGGUAAAGCCGUCUGUAGUUAGCUUGUGAGGAACAUCGUUGUUCACUAUGGUCUGAAUUGGCAAACUUCUGCUUAAGUUAUCUGAUCUAAAAUGUAUGAUAAAAAAUGUCAGCUUUACACGGAGCAUGAUUUUACAGCAUCCACUUCAUAGUCAUGUGAAUGACCCUACAAUGCAGUACUUCAAUAUAUUAUUCUGUACCUUUCUGUGUAUUUGUAAUUUGUCCGGUUAAAUAUUAACACAGCAUUGCUACUUCAUUCCUCUUUGAGUUUGUUUCCUGAAUGCAUUUCAUUCAUUGCUUUCCAGCUCUGAUUGUACAGGUGCCGGUGGAAUUCAUUAAACACACCCUCCACCAUGUAUGUGAAACACCACGCCGAUCACACUCUGAUUUACUACCAUAGGCUACAUAGGGACACGGUACAAAUGUUCCUGUUUGUGACUAAUUCAAAAGUGAUUGUACAAAAACUGCAUUGAAAUUUGUCAAUAAAUUGUAAUGUCAGUCUGUA